UAUGGAUAAGGGAUAACAAGUCAAUUAAUGGGCUUAUUUAGAGGAUAUACUUAAUGAAAUUCCAAAAGUACUUUUUCGAUUAAUGAAUUAAAAGUGAGGAAGAAUUAGAAGAAAUAAGUUGAGUUUACACAAUGUUUUUUGAAUUAUGAAUUUGAAUUAACUUUAUAACAGAGAAUUAAUUCUAGAUAUCUUAAAUUGAUUAACUCUCUUGAUUUAUUUAGUCAACGCCUAUUGCCAAAGUUGAUGAACCUAAUUUAAAUAGGUAUAUUGUUUUCAAAAAAAAUUAACAAAUAUCCAAGAAACUAAAAAGAGUUCAGCACUUUAAGGAAAGACUUUAGAAAU